AUGGCGUGUUCCACAUCGGUCGGCUUGCCUUCGAGCGCAGUGCGCAUCUCGAUAAGGCGAAUUGGGAACGAGCCCGAAUUGCCAGAGGCGGGGAUCAGAGUCACGCGGACUCUGUCCUGCAAGCUUUUCGGAGAAACCGGUCUCUCCUCUACCGCAGAGUGCGGAGUCAGUUCAUCCGGAGGAUUCGUCGAUGCUGUGCUUGAUUCGGCCACGGUUGCUUCAGCGGUUGCUUCAGCUGGAGUGCUCGAGAUUGAAAAUGACCGGAUUUUCUGCCAGAAACCAGCCUCACCAAUCCACCCUCCUCUCUUCGCUUUCUCGGCUGACUUCGCAGGCGUCACAGAGGCGGCCUGCUGGUCGGCGGGGGCCAACGAAGGGGCGACGACGGGACCCAUCUCUAGGUCGCUGGCGUAG